GGGAAGGGGGACGGCAGAAGCUGAGUUGUGUGUCCCGAGUGCCCGCGCUCGUGCGGGAUUGGGAGCAGGAAAAAGCUAAAGGUUAGAUUGUAAGCAAAACGGAAGUCAUGUUUCGAAGACCUGUGUUACAGGUGUUUCAUCAGUUCGUAAGACAUGAGUCUGAGGUGGCCAGCAGUUUGGUUCUUGAACGAUCUAUGAAUCGUGUUCAGUUACUUGGGCGAGUAGGUCAGGACCCUGUCAUGAGACAGGUGGAAGGAAAAAACCCAGUCACGAUAUUUUCUCUGGCAACAAAUGAGAUGUGGCGAUCAGGGGACAGUGAAGUAUACCAAAUGGGUGACGUCAGUCAAAAGACAACAUGGCACAGAAUAUCCGUGUUUCGACCAGGCCUCAGAGAUGUGGCGUAUCAGUAUGUGAAAAAAGGGGCUCGCAUAUUUGUGGAAGGGAAAGUGGACUAUGGUGAAUACAUGGAUAAGAAUAAUGUGAGGCGGCAAGCAACCACAAUCAUAGCUGAUAACAUUAUAUUUCUGAGUGACCAGAUAAGAGAAAAGGCAUAGAACGGAUCAUUCUUCUUUGAUCAUUGUUUGGUACAGUCUCCUUUCCAAAUCAUGUAUAGUCUAUAGUUUAAAGAUAAAGAUUAAAAAAUUUUAUAUAAAAUGAGUGGCAAUAUUUUUCCUGACUGACAUAUCUUCUUUUGUGUGUGUGAAAUAACCCUUUAUUUCUGAUCAGUUGUGGCACUUACUAAUUGCAUAUUUUUCUAGGAGUGGUUUCUCUAUACAAGUGUACAAAGUAACGAACUCUCAGGCUCCACCCUGUGUGCUGUGGCCAAGGCAUACGUUUGUUUGGAAGGUCUUCUUUUCUCCUUCACACUUGCACUGUGGUAUUUCAGCCACUGUUACUUUUUAGCCUUGUGUGUCAGGAGUCUGUCCCAUAGUUGUAAACACUGACGUUCUGAACUUUACUCUGUAGACUUGAUGGUAAGUACUGACUCUGCUCUGUGUACCUGCACCCAUACAAGUAUACUAGUGUUGACACAGAAGAGCCACUCAGUGAUAUGACAGAUAAACGAUCCUAAAUUAAAGGAGGCCGAAGUUACUAUCCCAUCUCAACUGCUUCGGGAGUCACCCACCUUCAUACCUUGUUUGUUGGUAGUUUCACUGUAGUGUGUAUGAGACCUUUUAUCAGCCCUGAGGCCCAGAAUGAAGUGUAAGUGGAGUGGACAUAGUCCUCUCCAGUUCUUUCAGUUCCUUUAGUCUCUUUCUUUCCACACCCUUCUCUGCCAUCCUUCUCAAAGUUUAUUCCAGAACACCCUUGAGGGUGGAGAUGGAGGUCAUUUUCUUGGUACUGGGGAUCAAACCUACAGUCUCAAGUUCAACAGGCCCUCUCCCAUGAACUACACCCACUUCGAGGAUCCCUUUAAUACCUUUGAUUUUGCCUCCUUAGAGAGUCUGUGUAUGUACAGUUAAUUUUUUUGUAAGUUUACUAGUGAUUUGCCAAUAAAGAUUAUGUAAAAUCA